AUGGCUGCCCUUGGCAAGGAGAUUACAUAUCAUGACACCGCCGGGUUCCGACAGCGCAUCGCCCUCUCGGCCAUCACCAACCGACCCGUCUCAAUGAAGGAUAUCCGCGUAAAAACUGAAAAUCCGGGCCUACGCCCUUCGGAAGCAUGUAUUCUCCACAUUUUGGAACGAGUCAGCGAAAACGUUGCCGUAGACGUCAGAAACGGAUCUACAGACCUGCUGGUAGAACCGGGACUCCUUGUUGGACGAGACUACGCGUUCACCGUCGAAUGUCCCCCGGAUAGAGGAUUGGUGUACUAUCUCGAAUUCCUCGUCAUGAUUGCGCCGUUCAUGAAGCAUCCUGCUAAUAUAAACUUGGAGGGCAUUACGGACCACCCCCAUGACCUUAGCAUGGACGCUUUCAGGACCGGGCUGAACGCUUACACGCAGAAAAUUGGUCUCCCGGAAAUGGGAGUGAAUGUAAUACGGAGAGGAUUGCUGCCCGAGGGUGGCGGCUGUGUACAGUUCACUUGUGGAGUGCUAAAAGCCGUGGAACCUUUCAAAUUAAUUUACGGAGGGCGCAUCGCACGCGUGCGCGGAACGGUUUUCACAUGCCAUAUGAAUGCGAUUUUCGGCACGAAGACCAUUGAGAGUGCCCGAAAUGUUCUGAACGAGUUGCUAGCGGAUGUACACAUAUACACAGAGCCUCAGUCGGGUGAGAAAGGUGGCAAAAGUCCUGGAUUCGGCUUGACAUUAGUGGCAGAGACUGUAAGGAGUGGGAUAGUGUAUGUUGCGGACGGUCUGAUAGAUAAGAAUGAGGCAGAUCAGAAGGAGCUUACAGCCCGCGAGAAAAUGCAGCCGACCUUCUUAGGGCGUCGGGACUUGGGGGACCUUAUUCAGCAGAAGUCUGCGCGAAAGACUUCCGAAACCAUAACUGAAAAGCUGGGGCGGGAGGUUGCUCUUCGAUUAUUAGCGGAGUUAUGUGAAGGAGGUGCGGUUGACUCUGCUUUCCAAUGGCUACCAAUUUAUUUUAUGGCAGUAGCAGAUGAUGAUAAGGUAUCCCGGGUGGUUACGGGAAGGCUGACUCAAAAUACUGUCUUGCUAUUGCGUCAUAUCAAUGACUUCCUGUCGUUGCGGUAUCAAAUAGACACCCACCAGGCGGCUCUAGAGUCUUUAGUCAAGCUUCCAGAACAGAAGACCGAAUCCCAGAAGACCGAAUCCCAGAAGACCGACUUGGACGUCGGGGAGAAGGCCGCAGACAAAAAUUCACACUCUGGCGACAACGUAAAAGAAGACCUAGGGGAAGAAACAAUAUACGAUGAUGAGGACGACGACCCGCCUUUCAGUUUGGCCGCAGCUGAAGGAUUACAGCGCGCCCGUAGGGAGAAUAGAUUUGUUUUGACGUGCCGAGGGGUCGGAUUAGCCAACAUCUCGCGUGUUACUUUUUAG